AUGCUGGAGCUGAGUCUCCUAGUCCGAUUUCUCAUACCAUUCCAUCUACUACUAGCUCAUGAUCCUCCUCUGAAAGACGUUCACAAACAUGUUCACGUUCUUUACGUUCGUUCUGACUUCGACCGUGUUGUUGCCAGUAGCACACACGAGUCGGCCGUUGUUGUCGAGGCUGUUGAUGAAGAUGGGCUGGUUCGUCAUGAACCCAUCCCUCUCAUUGACCUUAACCUCCCUAUUCCACCUAUUCCUAUUCUCAUUGGUGACAAUGAUGAAGUUGAGCAAGUUCCUGUUCUGGUACUUGCCCAGUUAGCACAAGCAAUCACCUAUCUUGCUUGCUCCACCGCUCGUCCCACUCUGGUCCCUGUUCCAGUUCCUGCUCCCAUGCAACCUCCCACUCCAUCCACCUCCCUUUGA